CCGUGUUUGCUCUUCGUGUGCUGCACCUUUGUGCACCUCACCUGCGAGGUGUAGGUCGAGAUGGACAAUUGAAACUUAGGCCACAUCAUCUAAUCCCCCCCAGCGCCUUGCUGCAGGCUGGUGGAGCCUGAUAUGCAGUGCUCCGGACCAGCCCAAUCGACACUUGUAUGUACAUCGACGCGCAGUGCAUCGACGCGCAGUGCACUUGCAUUCAUCAAGAGGGCAACAUGCCUCACCACAUUACGAGAUUUCGCUGUCCGUUCAACCACGUGUUGUUCCAAGGCUCCGGAGCUGUUACCGGCGACGGAAGAUCAGUCCUGAAGUGCAUUGAAGUCGGUUUGCCACGCCGAAGGUUUCACUCGUCUAAGCGAAGUCGAAAACACUCGCCCGCCAUAGCAGACACAUGGCAUAGUUUUGCUGAGCGAGCAAGUUCACUGACUAGCCAUCUCUUGGGACUCUGCUCAACAUCGGUGCCGACAAGCACGUUUUCGGGCGUUGCAUGGUUCGUUCCUGCGUCGGCAAUUCGUCACGAACCCCGAGUCAUACACCUACGUACACAUGCCCAGCAAGUAGGUAUAGCCGUCCUGCCAGCCGCAUCUCGGAGUUUUACCACCCUUCUCAUGUUGUUGCCACUGUGCCUUCGCGUACCCGGCAAUUCGUUCGUAUGGCUUGGCGAUCGGCAGAUGUGCCGUGGGAGAUGAUCUGGCCGUCCACAAAACGUGUUGCGUUGGCUCUCGUGUAGAUCUUGGCAUGGUGUAGCGAGCGUGUCCAAGCCUUGCGGUACAAUGGCAUCUGCUUUCCAUCACUUCGUCACCAAGGUUGUGUCUGCCUGUGGCCCGAAAACCUUUCUUAUCAGUACAUUGUCGGCAAGUAAUGCCCUAUCUAGUCAAGUCGCGUGCGAAGAGGGCGAGGUGAGGAAUCUGGACCGGGUCGCUACAAUACCCACGGCUACGACGGCUCCGGCGAUGGUCAUCAACGGGCAGACACUCGCGUGCUCGGUGCGUCUAUGCCACCAAGUUGACUGCACAUAUGGCCAGUGACGAGCGGCACGCGCGGGGAUAUCGCGGACGCGGAGCAGGACACGGGA